AUGCCCGCGUCUAAGUUAAGUCCAGACAUUCUAAACACAUACAACCAUGUUGAGCUGGCGGACCCUGAGUUUGAUAAUCCAGCACCAAUUGAAUUUCUACUCGGCGCAGAUGUCUACGUCAAUAUUUUAGGUGACUGUGUGCGAGUACUACAUGCUCGCGGAUUCCCUUCAGCGUUUGAAACUAGCCUCGGAUGGGUCAUAAUCGGCCACACGACUAUCACGGAUUCAUCGCCAUGCGUGUCACUACUACUGUCUACUCAACCGUCAAUCGAUCACCUAAUGCAUCAGUUUUGGUCGAUAGAAGAGCCAUCACCACCUGUUGAGCCUUUUACAGAUGACCAAAAAUGUGAAGAGCAUUUCACCCAGACGUCGAGCAGGGAUGACCAAGGACGAUUUUCUCUAGCCUUACCGUUUAAAAGUAAUCCAUCUGUUCUCGGAGACUCGUACAAAAUGGCGACCUCUCGUUUUUAUAAUUUGGAGCACAAAUUACAGCGAGAUCCAGACCUGUAUGCCCUGUAUCGCGACUUUAUGAAAGAGUAUGAAGCCUUGGGCCAUAUGGUAAUUUCUGAGCAUCCAGGUAAAUACUAUAUUCCACACCAUGCAGUGGUAAAGCGUAACGGUACAAACAUUAAACUUCGCGUGGUGUUCGACGCAUCUGCAGCAUCCACGUCAAAAUGUUCACUCAACGACCUGUUAUACACUGGUCCUAAACUUCAAAGUGAUAUCACGCAAAUACUCCACAGGUGUCGAUUGAGACGUUACAUGUUCACAGCGGACAUCUGCAAAAUGUACCGUCAGAUUCAAAUACACUCUGAUGAUCGCACUUACCAGCAUAUUGUAUGGCGAAAUUCCCCUUCAGACGAGCUUCAAGACUAUGAACUCACAACAGUUACUUACGGAGUAUCCGCAUCACCAUACCAGGCUAUUCGAGUCCUCCACCAAUUGGAACACGACGACGGCCACAAAUUCCCAUUAGCUCGUAAGAUAUUGUCCACCCAAACAUAUGUUGACGACAUUGUGUCCGGUGAUGAUACGGUGUCUGCGCUGCUGCAACGUCAAGCGGACCUCGUCCAGCUUCUGAUGCAGGCGGGUUUCGAGUUGAAGAAAUGGUCGUCAAACAGUCGUGAGGUCCUACGUCAUAUUCCACAAGGCGACCACGCAGUUCAACCGUCGUUUGAUCCCAAGGACGACAUGUCCGUCAAAAUAUUGGGACUUCAUUGGGAUCCCGUAACCGAUACUUUUAGCUACCAUACUUCACCAGUACCAUUGACCGUGACGAAGCGGGUGGUGUUGUCAACAAUAGCAAAAUUGUACGACCCGGUGGGCGCGAUAGCCCCAAUCAUUUUUUGGGCAAAGUCACUCAUGCAAACCAUCUGGCAGUCUGGUUUGGAUUGGGACGAUCCGCUACCACCGUCGUUGAUGACGUCUUGGGGGAAAUUCGCGUCUGAGCUACAUCUUGUUUGUGAAAUUAAGCUACCUCGACACAUAGUGGUUUCGACUCGACUUGUGACACAGUUACUUGGGUUCUGUGAUGCAUCUGAGAGAGGAUACGCAGCAGUGGUGUAUCUUCGCACGAUUGAUGUCAACGGAGACAUAAAGGUAUAUUUUAUCACAUCAAAAUCCAAGGUAGCACCACUUAAGCUGGGGAGCCUCGAUCGAUCUCUGACGAUACCACGCCUGGAGCUAUGCGGUGCCUUGCUGUUAGCUCAGACGAUACAGCGGCUUUGCGACACGUUUGAAGGUGCUAUCUCUAUUUCAGCAAUUUAUACCUGGACUGACUCCCAGGUAGUUCUGUCUUGGUUGACGUCGACGCAAUCCCACUUCAAGAUCUUCGUGACAAAUCGUCUAGCCAAAAUAAACGCGCUGAUGCCAUCAUGUCGUUGGAGAUACAUACCGUCUGCACUGAAUCCUGCCGAUUGCGUAUCUCGGGGACUCCUUCCAUCGGAAACUGUCAAUCAUCCCCUCUACUGGCAAGGGCCUCCCUUCCUACGUCUAAUUGAAUCAGACUGGCCCAGUGAAACGUGUGAACUGAUACCUCCAUCACGAUUACCAGACUAUAAACCAAUAGAUGCCGUGACAUGCAGUGUGACGUCACUUCAACACCCGGCAUGUUAUGACUAG